UGCUUUAUUGGAACGAUGCAAAAAAACAAAAUAAUUGGGCGCAUCGACCUUGUGACCCUGAAGAACAGGGUAAUCUACUCGAAGCCCCGGGCGCAUUUCUCCGGGCUCGCCUUGCUAGACGGGUACCUGUAUGUAACAGACUGGUUCAGAAAGUACGUUACACGUCUAAAUAUAAACGGUGGGAACACAUUAGAACAAAUCGGUCCAAGCAAGUGUGCGAGACUGAACGGGGUAGCGGGCUUUAAAAAGAGCACAGUUAAAACAGUGUUCAGCAAAUGUUUACAAAGUGACUGCAGUAACCUGUGUUUACCGGUUUCCGACUCUGACUACAAGUGCGCAUGCUCAGAUGAAGAAAAGAACGGCAUCAUACCGUGCACGGAAUUAAACGAGUUCCAUCGAGGAAAAACAGACUCAUGCCCAGAGUCGACAUCGCUCAUUUCCAUCCACUGUCCGCCAAACAUCCCGACCGGGUACCAAGCAAGAAAGCGGCACUCAAGCGCCGCCCCCAUACUCAUCUGCAAUAACAUUUCAGUAGUCAACUAA